GUUGACCGUCGGAAACGUUGUGCAAAAUCUUUUGAUUUUACAAUGAAUCCCGCCAUGAAGGUAGGAGAAAUUUUCACCGCUGCUGGUGCGGCAUUCAACAGCCUAGGCGAACUAACCAUGCAAUUGCAUCCUUCGUCGGACUCAACAACCGGGAGCAAAUGGACAGAUGAAGAAAUAGACAUGCUCCGUACCGCAGUUACACGAUUCAGUGAAGAUCUGAACAAAAUCAGUCAGCACAUCAAGGGCCGGACGGUAUCCCAGAUUCGGCACGCCCUCAAGAAGAAAGCAUUUGACGAUGCGAGUUUGCCAUUGAUACAGCAUGUGCCAUCGACCGCUGUUCCGGUGCAUUUGGUCCAGCCACAACAGCAGGUACAACAGCAGCAGCAGCAGCAGAUAAUAGUCACCACUUCGCAGGUAGCGCAUUACGAAGCGACAGCACCACCAUCCACAGUGAUUGCCGACCCGAUGGUACUAGAUUCAGUGAUCAAAGAGGAGAACACCGACACUGGCGGUCUGCUUUGUCAGCCGGCGGACAUUUCGAUGACGCUCAACCGGCUCAACACGCAGGAACACGAGGCAGACGUGGAAGGCAUUGCUGCGAGCGAGAUGAAGCUGGAAUUCGAGCCUGGUACCGAGGAGGUAACCGGGUGAAACGAGGAAGACUACUACUACAGCGAACCGAAGGACUAACGCCGGGCCGGCCUAGGCAGGUACUGAUAUGUCGGUGGUUGUGUAUUUUUCGGCAAAUGGCCAAUGUAACAUCUCAUGCAAUAGCGCCAUUACUAUUACUAACCCACUGGGGCAAAUUUAUAUUUAGGUUCCUAAGAAAGGCCUGGCGCGCGAAACGGACAAAGCGAGUGACUCUAACUUAUUUCAGUGGAUACAGAUGCCUGUGGCAUCAUAUGUAGGUUGUGUACUGUAGUCCUCACACGAAACGAUAUCAAUCCCAUGUACUACUUGUAUGUAUGUUUCGUGCAUCUCAAGACAACUCUCCUAAACUGCGGGAAAUAUAGCAAUAAAAUAUAGUGUACAAAGCA